UUGCCGCGCUCGCAAGGCAUUAUUAUUUUUUAGAUAGAUUUAUCAGAAAACUCGUUGCCGGGAGCGAUGCAUGCAUUUACUUUGAUUGCUGAUACAAUUGGAAAUAUCAUGUAUUACAUAGUAACACGAAAUUCAUAACUGAGCGACAUCAAUUCAGUAUUCACGGCCGAAUUUGCCAAGUGGGGCUUCUUUUCUUUUUAGCGCGAAUACUUUAAAUCGACUAACGAUCAGCGUCGCACGCAUCGGCAACGUUGCCAAAUGUUCAUCCAUCGUUGCCAGUAUUAUACAUGUACGACCACGGAUAUGCAAAUAUAUGACACGCGCUAUCUUUAGCGAAGAUACUUGAAUCUGUUAUACGAGCUGAUGGUCUCAGGAAUAAUAACAGAGCGUUACAUUAUCGACUGUUUCUGAAUCCUCGAUACAAAUCUAAACAUUAAACCUAUAAGCAAUACUAAUAUUACAAUUUAUUGUUAUCUCAAUGUUUCUUAAAUAUUUAUAGAUAUUUAUGAUGUGAAAGUAUUAUGUAUUUUUGCAAAAUUUUUAGUCAGCAGUUAUCAUUUGUGUUUGUAAGGAAUAUAGUUUCUUACUUUGGUCGUAAUGUUUUUUAAGAGGGCGUGACUGCGCAUGCAGGUUGGAAACCGCACAAAUUUUGAUAUAAUCGCGACCUUGAUAAUGUUUCGUUGAUGGUGAUACAAUAGCUUCGUGUGUCGUCUGAUGUCGUCGUGUAUCACAGUCGCAGUGUGUGAUCGUGUGUACACGUGUUUAAUAAGUAGGUCCGUGUUAAAAACGUUAUUAAUAAAGUCUGCUGCUAUUAAUCCUUGAUUCAAUCUUUUAUAUACGUAAAAUUUUACGUAACGUUUCACUAGUGCAAAAACGUGAAACGACAUCUUAAGUUUUUGGAACCAUCUCUUUGAAAUGGUAUGUGUAUCGAAUAAGAUACAUUUGAUGUUUUUUUUAUCACUAAAAAAAGCACCUGUCAUUUAAAUUGUAACAAUCAACUUUAUGAAUAUUAAUCCGUGAUUCUUGCUAUUGCGAAUAUCGAUUCGAAUCGCUCAAAAAAAAAAAAAAAGUUAUGAAUCUUCGAAGUUCGCAAAUGAUCUGACUUUUAAAAAUCGUAUGGGAAAUAGAGAAAACAUUUAUGAGAAUAUUCAUGAUAAGGGGAGUGUUGAUGGAAAUCGUUUUCUCGUGAUAUUCUCGUAAUUUUUCUCCGCGCAUAUUGUAUUGCCGAUACGAAAGAAGAAGACAAAUUUCGCGCUCCCUCCCUCUUACCUACCGUUGCAACUGCGUAGCAAUAAAUUAUGAAAACGCGACAAUUUUUCGGUUCGCGCGUUCUGUGAAUUUGCCCUUAUUCGUUAUAACGAUUCGGCAAAAACGCGUUCACGCGCGUCCACCCGUUGGAUUAGUGGCGCCGCAUAACGACGGCGACAGCAAUUCGAAUCGGGCAUGUAUGUGUACUCGUGUUAUAUUGCAGCGCAUGUAUGUAUGUACACAUACAUCAUACGAGAGUUAAAAGCAAUAGGAUGUCGGAUGAGGGAAUAGAGUCCAAUAUGGCGGCAGCCGUGCAGCCGAGCGAACGCGCUCUCGAGCUGUGAAUGCGCGCGCGUUGCUUACCGACGACAGCCGCGUGAGAUGGACCGGUUUAGUCGUGCAUUACCUAUAUUCGUCGUGCCUAUCUCGUAGCUCGUGCAUAAUUAAUCAUUGGCGAUGUUCGUUCUAUGUAACACACGUUUUUUGAUCUCUUCUUAAACCGGGCCGAGAUAGAAAAAAAAGAAAAGAUCGCCGUUCGCUCGCUGAAUAUUCUAUCAACAAUAAUUAGUACUUGGGAUACUUGGUUGAAGCGUCAUUGCCAGUAUUGUCCUCGUUAUCCUAGUUCGUCACACGGCAAGAUAACACGCGAGGUUUUGCAACAUUUGAUUUAUCAUGGCAAAAAAGUAUGAUGAUGGAGUGAGCGAUGAUACUAGUGGGAGUGACUUUGAUGAUGAAGAAGAUCCUGACAAAAUUGAAGUACCUGGUGGAGGUAAAGAUCUUGCGACUGCAGCUGUAAUUGGAAGUAUUAAGGAUGAGAAGCUUGCAGACUUGCCAACAAGUCCUUUGGAAAAAACGCAAGAAGGAGCGUUAAAUGAGUUAAAUCAAAAAUUUGGUAACAAGAUUCCUGAAGGACUAGUAACAAAGACAGCAGCACCAGGCUACGAAAUGGUGCAUGUAGGAGGCUCUCAAGGUAACCCACCAGGUUUUGUUGGUGCAAAUCAGUUGAAUCAAUUGAAUCAAUUAGCAUCUGGUGGAUAUGGAUUUCCACCAGGGUUAGCUCUUGCAGGAUUUAAUCCUGCUGCUUUUCUUCAAUCAAGCAUGGAUAUGAAUGCUUUGAUGAAUAGUUUUAUGGGUAUGCCUGGGAUGAAUAUGGGAGUUAAUCCUUUUGUUCAGUUUCUUAAUCAAAGUGGAAUUCAUUCUAAUUGGUCAGGACUUUCAGGAAAAACUGUGUCACAAAUGUGGAUGAAUUCGGGUGAUCCAACAAAACUAAUGCAGCCAAAUCUUCCAGAAGAGGAAGAAGUAGACGACGAAGAUAUGGGUGUUGCAGAAACUUAUGCUGAUUAUAUGCCAACAAAACUCAAACUUGGACGAAAGCAUCCGGAUCCGGUUGUGGAAACAGCAUCUUUAUCGAGUGUCGAGCCAACGGACGUUUGGUAUAAGCUUUCCAUACCAGAAGAGACAAUACGAUCCGGUGCGCUCUCUGCACUUCAACUUGAAUCUAUUACAUAUGCCUCUCAACAACAUGAACAUCUAUUACCUGACAGUACACGCGCUGGAUUCUUGAUCGGCGAUGGUGCAGGUGUUGGUAAAGGCAGAACUAUAGCCGGAAUUAUAUUCGAAAAUUACUUGAAAGGUCGAAAACGUGCCAUCUGGGUAUCUGUAUCGAAUGAUCUGAAAUACGAUGCUGAACGCGAUUUGAAGGAUAUAGGUGCAUCAAAAAUAGAAGUACAUGCUUUGAAUAAGUUUAAAUAUGCGAAAAUUUCAUCAGCUGUAAAUGGCAAUGUGAAGAAAGGUGUGAUUUUCAGCACGUAUUCUGCAUUAAUUGGUGAAUCAUCACAGAGUGGUGGAAAAUAUAAAAGCAGAUUGAAACAGUUGUUACAAUGGUGCGGAGAAGAUUUCGAUGGUUUAAUAAUUUUUGACGAGUGUCAUCGGGCAAAAAAUUUGUGUCCUACUGGAAGUUCAAAACCUACAAAGACAGGAUUAACUGUCUUGGAACUACAGAACAAGCUUCCAAAAGCUAGAGUUGUAUACGCCAGUGCAACUGGCGCUUCGGAACCUCGCAACAUGGCCUAUAUGGUACGAUUAGGUAUGUGGGGCGAGGGUACACCUUUCCCAGAGUUCAACGGUUUUAUUACUGCUGUGGAGAAACGCGGUGUCGGUGCGAUGGAGAUUGUAGCGAUGGAUAUGAAGCUGCGUGGCAUGUAUAUAGCUCGGCAAUUGAGUUUUCACGGUGUUGCCUUCAAGAUCGAGGAAGUACCUCUUUCCAAGGACUUCACGAAGGUUUACGAUCAUUCAGUACGACUGUGGGUGGAAGCGAUGCAGAGAUUCCAGGAAGCAGCAGAGUUGAUAGACGCGGAAAAUCGUAUGAAGAAGACAAUGUGGGGUCAAUUUUGGUCGGCGCAUCAGCGCUUUUUCAAAUAUCUUUGUAUUGCCGCAAAAGUGAAGCACGCGGUGGCCGUGGCUCGUGAGGCAGUCAAAUGUGGCAAAUGUGUAGUAAUCGGUCUACAAUCUACUGGUGAGGCGCGUACUUUGGAACAAUUGGAACGUGAUGAUGGCGAGCUCAGUGAUUUUGUUUCUACCGCAAAGGGAGUUUUACAAACUCUAGUGGAAAAACAUUUUCCAGCGCCGGAUCGUAAUCGCAUUCAACGUCUUCUCGGUUUAGAACCACCGAAAUUCAAAUUAGAUGACGAUGAAGAUCUAGAUAGUGCUGGUGGUUCUGCGGGAGGUAGUAAAAGGAAACCAAUUCGUCAAGCAGCACAACGUGCGACGAAGAAAGUGCGUGCUUGGUCAUCAGAAGAGGAAAUAUCGGAUGAAGAAAGAAAUGGUGCUCACAGUUCCGGUUCCGAAUACAAAUUAAGUGGUACCGAAAGUGAAGAUGAUCAUCACACCGACGAAGAGAGCAAUGCCAGCUCUGAUUUCAAUCCGUUUUUCAGUGAUAGUGAUUCUGAUAUUGAUCCUUGGGAUAGACGAAAGAAAAAGGGUAAAAAGCAGAAAAAACCUGCAAAGAAACGUUUGAGUACACAGGACAAAAUCCAAUCAAUGCUAGUACAUAAACAGUCUAGCAACAAAAAUAAACGUAAUGGUGACACGGCAAUCAGUGGGUCUAUGAACACUAUAGGCGGAAGUAUAUCUCAUAAUCAGGCACCACCUAGAGAUGCUAUCGAAAGGGCAUGCAGUAUGAAAGAGGAAUUAUUAUCACAAAUAGAGGUUCUUGGUGAACGUCUACCGCCAAAUACGUUGGAUCAAUUGAUAGAUGAGCUUGGUGGACCAGAAAACGUCGCAGAGAUGACAGGUAGAAAGGGCCGUGUCGUACAAAGGGAAGAUGGUGGAAUAGAGUACGAAUCUAGGUCUGAAGUAGAUGUUCCUUUAGAAACUCUCAACUUGACAGAGAAACAGAGGUUUAUGGACGGAGAGAAGACUGUAGCGAUAAUUUCUGAAGCGGCCAGUAGCGGUAUAUCAUUACAGAGUGACAGACGAGCUAGGAAUCAAAUGCGACGUGUGCAUAUCACGCUUGAGUUGCCAUGGAGUGCAGAUAGAGCAAUACAGCAGUUUGGACGAACGCAUCGCUCAAAUCAGGUUAACGCGCCUGAGUACAUAUUUCUUAUAUCGGAUUUAGCUGGGGAAAGGCGAUUUGCCUCGAUUGUCGCGAAGCGUUUGGAAAGUUUGGGUGCGUUAACGCAUGGCGAUCGUCGUGCGACGGAGACUCGAGAUCUUUCGCAAUUUAAUAUCGAUAAUAAGUACGGUCGUGCGGCAUUGGAAGCGACAAUGAAGACCAUAAUGGGGUAUGAGCCGCCUUUGGUACCACCACCACAAGAUUAUCACGGCGAUUUUUUUAAAGACGUAGCAGAUGCACUAGUAGGUGUCGGUUUGAUUUGCAAUAGCGAAAGCACACCUGGUGUGCUAACGCUCGACAAGGAUUACAAUAAUAUGUCAAAAUUUCUGAAUCGCAUUCUCGGGAUGCCGGUCGACUUACAAAAUCGUCUGUUCAAAUAUUUCACUGAUACACUCAACGCUAUUGUGACACAAGCCAAAAAGACUGGCCGCUUUGACAUGGGUAUUCUUGAUCUUGGUACAUCAGGCGAAAAUGUUCGCAGAGUACGAUUAUAUCGGUUUCUGCGGAAACACGCAACUGGUAAGGCACCGACGGAAUUGCAUGUAGUUCAUGUCGAGCGCGGUAUGAGCUGGUCUGAGGUCACGAACAAGUUCUCAGAGUUGACUGGGUCUAAAGAGGGUUUCUAUCUAAGCCAUCAGAUCCGCAACGGCAAGCAAACGGCCAUUCUUGCGGCCAUGGUAGAGAGCGGCAAGAAAAAAUCUGAGAGCAAGAAAGAUCAGUUUUAUAUGGUAUACAGGCCCAACACAGGUUUGCAAUUACGACAAGAAACUCUAGGUGAAUUAGAAAAGAAGUAUAAGAAGGUAAGCGCAGACGAAGCGGAGCCACACUGGACGCAACAAUAUGAAGCUUCUGUGGAUACAUGUUCGCAUGCGUAUUGGAGCGGCAAUUGUAAAAAUACUACUCUUGGUAUAGAUUGCGAAGUGGGACUAAGAAGACGUUCCUAUAAUGUAUUAGCUGGUUCUGUACUGAGCGUUUGGAGUCGUGUGGAGAAUGUACUUGCUGCACGAUCCGGGCAUAACUCGAAGAUGCAAGUUGUACGAUUACGUACGGAUGAAGGUUUGAAAAUUGUUGGGACACUCAUUCCGAAGUCUUGCAUGGAGUCAUUGCGUCAGGCACUCUCCUCUGAUGCGGAAAAGACGGAGGAAUUAACAUUUUGAAUGCCGAGUCACGUAUAAAGGAUAUAUAUAGGACCAAGCAAGACUAUUGACGUACCUAGAGCCGCGACUUUAGAAAAAGAAAGAGAGAGAAUGUGAGAGAAAUAAAUCUUUCGUCAAUAUUUUGUCGAGAUACGAAAAGAAAAGCAAAUUACGAACGCAAUUAUAUGUUCUGGACUGGAAUCCGAAAUUGUGACUCGUCAUCAAGUAGAUUCCAAAUUGAAUCUGAUAAUAAAUCGCGACGAACACGAGUGACCUCUUUCGAUUGAUAUCAAGGAUCACAAUUUGUUGCUUAUUUCUUUGUCAUUUAUGCAAUUGCUCGAAAAAA